GUCCCCACAGCCACCAACCAGUGGUUCAUCCCGGCCGUGCGGGGGGACAUCCCCCCGGGCUGUGCCGCCUACGGCUUCGUGUGCGACGGCACGCGGCUGCUGGUGUUCGGGGGCAUGGUGGAGUACGGCAAGUACAGCAACGACCUCUACGAGCUGCAGGCCUCCAGGUGGGAGUGGAAGCGGCUGAAGGCGAAGACCCCCAAAAAUGGACCCCCCCCUUGUCCUCGGCUGGGCCACAGCUUCUCCCUGGUGGGCAACAAGUGUUACCUGUUUGGGGGGCUGGCCAACGACAGCGAGGACCCCAAAAACAACAUCCCCAGGUACCUGAACGACCUGUACGUGCUGGAGCUGCGCCCGGGCUCGGGGGUGCUGGCCUGGGACAUCCCCAUCACUUACGGGGUGCUGCCCCCUCCCCGGGAAUCCCACACGGCCGUGGUGUACACGGAGCGCGACGGGCGGCGCUCGCGCCUCGUCAUCUACGGCGGCAUGAGCGGCUGCAGGCUGGGGGACCUGUGGACCCUGGAUAUCGAGACGCUGACCUGGAACAAGCCGAGCCUGAGCGGGGUCGCUCCCCUCCCCCGCAGCCUCCACUCGGCCACCACCAUUGGCAACAAGAUGUACGUUUUUGGGGGGUGGGUGCCCCUGGUGAUGGAUGACGUGAAGGUGGCCACGCACGAGAAGGAGUGGAAGUGCACCAACACCCUGGCCUGCCUGAACCUGGACUCGAUGGCCUGGGAGCCCCUGGUGCUGGAGACCCUGGAGGACAACGUGCCGCGGGCUCGCGCCGGGCACUGCGCCGUGGCCAUCGCCACCCGCCUGUACAUCUGGAGCGGCCGCGACGGCUACCGCAAGGCCUGGAACAACCAGGUGUGCUGCAAGGACCUGUGGUACCUGGAGACAGAGCGCCCGCCCGCGCCGGGCCGCGUGCAGCUGGUGCGCGCCAACACCACGUCGCUGGAGGUGAGCUGGGGCGCGGUGCCCACGGCCGACUCGUACCUGCUGCAGCUGCAGAAGUACGAGCUGCCCGCCGCGCCCGCGCCGCCGCCCGUGCCCUCGGUGCCCGCCAACCCGCCCAAGAGCCCCGCGCCCGUGACCGGUCCCCCUGCGGCCACCGCGGGGCCACCGCUGGUGACCGUGCGCUCGGCCGGGCCCGGCAAGGCCCCGGUGACGGUGACAUCGCUGCCUGCCGGCGUCAGGAUGGUGGUGCCCACCCAGAGCCCCCAGGGUGUGAGCAGGUGCUCGGCCUCGUCACCUGUCAUGGUGAGCAACCCUGCCACGCGCAUGCUGAAGACGGCGGCCGCGCAGGUGGGCACGGCGGGGGCGUCCCCCGCGGCCACCAACGCGGCCACGCGGCCCAUCAUCACCGUGCACAAGUCGGGCACGGUGACGGUGGCACAGCAGGCCCAGGUGGUCACCACCGUGGUCGGAGGGGUCACCAAGACCAUCAGGGUCUCUGACCCCCCCGGGCCCCCCCAGAUCUCCAACCUGGGCAAGGUGAUGUCGGUGGUGCAGACGAAACCCGUGCAGAGCUCGGCUGUCACCGGGCAGGCCUCGAGCGGCCCCGUCACCCAGAUCAUCCAGACCAAGGGCCCCCUGCCCGCGGGGACCAUCCUGAAGCUGGUGACGUCGGGGGAGGGGAAGCCCACCACCAUCCUGACCAGCACGCAGGCGGGGGCGGGGGCGGCCAAGCCCCCCACCAUCCUGGGCAUCAGCAGCGUGUCCCCCAGCACCACCAAGCCCGGGACCACCACCAUCAUCAAAACCAUCCCCAUGUCGGCCAUCAUCACCCAGUCGGGGGCUACCGGUGUCACCAGCAGCCCCGGGAUCAAGUCCCCCAUCACCAUCAUCACCACCAAGGUGAUGACCUCGGGCACCGGGACCCCCGCCAAGAUCAUCACGGCUGUCCCCAAGCUGGGCGGGGGGCACGGCCAGCAGGGCGUGACACAGGUGGUGCUGAAGGGGGCCCCGGGACAGCCGGGGACCAUCCUGAGGACGGUGCCCAUGGGGGGGGUCCGGCUGGUCACCCCCGUCACCGUCUCGGCCGUCAAGCCCACGGUGACCACCCUGGUGGUCAAGGGCACCACCGGUGUGACCACGCUGGGGACGGUGACAGGGACAGUGUCCACCAGCCUGGCCGGGGGGGCUGGCGGCCACAGCGCCACGGCCUCGCUGGCCACGCCCAUCACCACCCUGGGGACAAUCGCCACCCUGUCCAGCCAGGUCCUGAACCCCGCGGCCAUCACGGCCACCGCGGCCGGGGGCGGCCUGGGGACACCGACCAUCACCAUGCAGCCGGUGUCCCAGCCCACGCAGGUGACGCUGAUCACCACGCCCAGCGGCGUGGAGGCCCAGCCCGUCCACGACCUCCCCGUGUCCAUCCUGGCGUCCCCGACGGCCGAAGGUCCCCCCGCGGCCACCUCGGGGGGCGGCGGCCUGGCCGAGCCCCCCCCCGCCGAGGCCACCCCGGGCACGGUCACCCUGGUGUGCUCCAACCCCCCCUGCGAGACCCACGAGACCGGGACCACCAACACGGCCACCACCAGCCUGGUGGCCAACGUGGGGACGGGGGGGGGACAGCUGCAGCUGCUCUGCGAGGACACGGGCGGGGGGACAGCGGUGCCAGCGCCCCCCCGGGCCUGCUCCAACCCCCCCUGCGAGACCCACGAGACCGGGACCACCAACACCCCCACGGCGGCGGGGCCGGCACGCCUGGGGACGCCCGGGGGGCCGCCCUGCCCCACGCAGCAGACGGCGGCCACCGGGACGACGAUGACGGCGCGGUUGUGCCCCCCUGAUGGCGGCGUCACCUCCGGUGUCACCUCGUGCCAAACGCAGGAGGCGGCCCCGUGCCAAACGCCCUGGGGACAGCCUGAGGUGGGGACGGCCACCGGGGCGGUCACCGCGGCCACCGGCACGAGCUGUGAGACCCCCGCGGGGACGCGGCUGUGCGCCAACCCCCCCUGCGAGACCCACGAGACCGGGACAACCAACACGGUGACAACCACGGGGACAAGGCUGUGUGCCAACCCUCCUUGUGAGACGCACGAGACCGGGACAACCAACACGGUGACAACCACGGGGACAAGGCUGUGUGCCAACCCUCCUUGUGAGACGCACGAGACCGGGACAACCAACACGGUGACAACCACGGGGACAAGGCUGUGUGCCAACCCUCCUUGUGAGACGCACGAGACCGGGACAACCAACACGGUGACAACCACGGGGACAAGGCUGUGUGCCAACCCUCCUUGUGAGACGCACGAGACCGGGACAACCAACACGGUGACAACCACGGGGACAAGGCUGUGUGCCAACCCUCCUUGUGAGACGCACGAGACCGGGACAACCAACACGGUGACAGUGACAGCACCAAGGCCACCCUGCUCCAACCCCCCCUGUGAGACCCACGAGACGGGGACAACCAACACGGCGACCGCGACCGCCCCACAGACCCACGAGACGGGGACAACCAACACGGUGACGGUGACAGCACCAAGGCCACCCUGCGCCAACCCCCCCUGCGAGACCCACGAGACGGGGACAACCAACACGGUGACAACCACGGGGACGCGGUUCUGCUCCAACCCCCCGUGCGAGACCCACGAGACGGGGACAACCAGCACGGCCACCACCACCACGGCCACCUCUCGCCCCCCGCUCUGCUCCAACCCCCCCUGCGAGACCCACGAGACCGGGACCACCAACACGGCCACCACGGCCACCGCGGGCUCCCGGCCGGGUGACACUACCACGGCCACCAGCGCUGCCACCAGCGCCGCCACCUCCAGCACGGGGGGGUCCCCGCCUUGUGCCAACCCCCCCUGCGAGACCCCCGAGAGCGGGACCACCAGCACGGCCACCAGAGCGGGGUCCUCGCCCUGCCAGAGCCACCAGGGCGGGGCCACCAGCACGGCCACCACCGAGGGGGUGACGCCGCCCCCGCCCUGUGCCACCGCCACCAGCCCCCCCCGCGCCUGCUCCAACCCCCCCUGCGAGACCCACGAGACGGGGACAACGGCCACGGCCACCACGGUCACCGCCAGCAUGGGCGCCAGCCAAGAGCCCCCCCCGCCGGCUGCCAACGGGCAGGGGGAGGGGGAGACCCCCCCCAGCGAGGGCGGGGGUCCCCCUGUGCCCCCCGGGACCCCCAGCCCCGGCCCCAGCGGCAGCGGGACCCCCCAGCCCCGGGCGGUCACCACGGUCACUCAGUCCACGCCAGCACCGGGGCCGGCCGUGCCGACCCACGAGACCGGGACAACCAACACGGUGACAACCACGGGGACACGGCUGUGCUCCAACCCCCCCUGCGAGACCCACGAGACCGGGACCACCAACACGGCCACCACCAGCCUGGUGGCCAACGUGGGGACGGGGGGGGGACAGCUGCAGCUGCUCUGCGAGGACACGGGCGGGGGGACAGCGGUGCCAGCGCCCCCCCGGGCCUGCUCCAACCCCCCCUGCGAGACCCACGAGACCGGGACCACCAACACCCCCACGGCGGCGGGGCCGGCACGCCUGGGGACGCCCGGGGGGCCGCCCUGCCCCACGCAGCAGACGGCGGCCACCGGGACGACGAUGACGGCGCGGUUGUGCCCCCCUGAUGGCGGCGUCACCUCCGGUGUCACCUCGUGCCAAACGCAGGAGGCGGCCCCGUGCCAAACGCCCUGGGGACAGCCUGAGGUGGGGACGGCCACCGGGGCGGCCACCGGCACGAGCUGUGAGACCCCCCCCUGCGAGACCCACGAGACCGGGACAACCAACACGGUGACAGUGACAGCACCAAGGCCACCCUGCUCCAACCCCCCCUGUGAGACCCACGAGACGGGGACAACCAACACGGUGACGGUGACAGCACCAAGGCCACCCUGCGCCAACCCCCCCUGCGAGACCCACGAGACGGGGACAACCAACACGGUGACAACCACGGGGACACGGCUGUGUGCCAACCCUCCUUGUGAGACCCACGAGACCGGGACAACCAACACGGUGACGGUGACAGGGGCACAGCUCUGCUCCAACCCUCCUUGUGAGACCCACGAGACCGGGACAACCAACACGGUGACAACCACGGGGACACGGCUGUGUGCCAACCCCCCCUGCGAGACCCACGAGACCGGGACAACCAACACGGUGACAGUGACAGCACCAAGGCCACCCUGCUCCAACCCUCCUUGUGAGACGCACGAGACCGGGACAACCAACACGGUGACAACCACGGGGACACGGCUGUGUGCCAACCCUCCUUGUGAGACCCACGAGACGGGGACAACCAACACGGUGACAACCACGGGGACGCGGUUCUGCUCCAACCCCCCGUGCGAGACCCACGAGACGGGGACAACCAGCACGGCCACCACCACCACGGCCACCUCUCGCCCCCCGGCCGAGCCGGGGACAGCGGUGCCACCGCCUCGGGGUGUCCCCCCCUGCGCCAACCCCCCCUGCGAGACGCACGAGACGGGGACGACCAACACGGUGACAAUGACAUCGUCACAGCUCUGCUCCAACCCCCCCUGCGAGACCCACGAGACCGGGACCACCAACACGGCCACCACGGCCACCGCGGGCUCCCGGCCGGGUGACACUACCACGGCCACCAGCGCUGCCACCAGCGCCGCCACCUCCAGCACGGGGGGGUCCCCGCCUUGUGCCAACCCCCCCUGCGAGACCCCCGAGAGCGGGACCACCAGCACGGCCACCAGAGCGGGGUCCUCGCCCUGCCAGAGCCACCAGGGCGGGGCCACCAGCACGGCCACCACCGAGGGGGUGACGCCGCCCCCGCCCUGUGCCACCGCCACCAGCCCCCCCCGCGCCUGCUCCAACCCCCCCUGCGAGACCCACGAGACGGGGACAACGGCCACGGCCACCACGGUCACCGCCAGCAUGGGCGCCAGCCAAGAGCCCCCCCCGCCGGCUGCCAACGGGCAGGGGGAGGGGGAGACCCCCCCCAGCGAGGGCGGGGGUCCCCCUGUGCCCCCCGGGACCCCCAGCCCCGGCCCCAGCGGCAGCGGGACCCCCCAGCCCCGGGCGGUCACCACGGUCACUCAGUCCACGCCAGCACCGGGGCCGGCCGUGCCGUUCCCCGUGGCGUGGCAGAAGCCGGAGCCGGGGGCGCCGCCCAAGGCGCUGCCCAAGAAGGAGAACCAGUGGUUCGACGUGGGGGUCAUCAAGGGCACCACCAUGAUGGUCACCCACUACUUCCUGCCGCCCGAGGACGCGGCCCCCGCCGACGACGAUGCCUCGGGGGUCCCGGACCACUCCCAGCUGCGCCGCCAGGAGCUGCAGCCGGGCACGGCGUACAAGUUCCGCGUGGCCGGGCUCAACGCCUGCGGCCGCGGGCCCUUCUCGGAGCUGUCAGCCUUCAAAACCUGCCUGCCCGGCUUCCCGGGGGCGCCCUGCGCCAUCAAGAUCAGCAAGGUGACCCCUGGCAGAGACCCCAGACCCACGGCAGGGACCCCAGACCCCCCCCUCCUGGCCAUCCAGGGGGGGCCCGGGGGGGGCCCCGAGGCCCGCGGGGGGGGGGCCCAGCUGGCCUUCAUGAGGGUCUACUGCGGGCCCAGCCCCUCGUGCCUGGUGCCGGCCUCCAGCCUGGCCAGCGCCCACAUCGACCACACCACCAAGCCGGCCAUCAUCUUCCGCAUCGCCGCCCGCAACGACAAGGGCUACGGCCCCGCCACCCAGGUGCGGUGGCUGCAAGAGUCGAGCAAGGACGGAGCCGCCGGGAAACCGGGCAGCAAACGGCCCCUGGCGUCCCCCGACCUGUGAGUGGGGGUCCGCGAGGGAGCUGGGGGGCUGGUU